AUGGGUGAUGCGGUGCGAUACAGAGGCGUCAGGCGGCGGCCGUGGGGGAAAUUCGCGGCGGAGAUUCGCGACACUAACAAUUACGGCGCCAGGCUCUGGCUCGGAACUUUCGGUACCGCCGAGGAAGCCGCCAGAGCAUACGAUGGUGCCGCUUUCUCGAUGAGGGGAUCUCUUGCCAUCCUCAAUUUCCCCGACGAAUACCCUCCAACGGCCGCGCCAGCUGCUGCCCGUACAGUUGCGAGCAGAGAGCAAGGGAAAGAAGUGUUCGUGAUUGAGUGUAUGGAUGAUAAAUUGCUUGAAGAGCUUCUUGAUUUCCAGGACGAUGACCGCAACUAUCCCAAAGAUCAAUGA